UCUGAGGGCCUCUUGGUCACGUGACCUGCGACUCUGCGCUGGCCGAACUACAGCCUUCCUAGCUCCGGCGUUAUGGCUGCCACCGGUCCCUGCGCCGCUUCUCUCUUCCCACUGUUUGCGUUUUUCUUGUUCUUCCUGCUCCUCUGCGCUCCGCAGGGCAGUAGCGGCCUGCACACCAAGGGUUCCCUUCCCCUGGAUACAGUCACUUUCUACAAGGUCAUUCCCAAGAGCAAGUUCGUCUUGGUGAAGUUCGACACUCAGUACCCCUACGGUGAGAAGCAGGAUGAGUUCAAAAGCCUGGCUGAGAACUCGGCCUCCAGUGACGAUCUCUUGGUGGCAGAGGUGGGGAUCUCAGAUUAUGGUGACAAGCUGAAUAUGGAGCUGGGUGAGAAAUACAAGCUGGACAAAGACAACUACCCAGUCUUCUACCUCUUCCAGGAUGGGGACUUUGAGAACCCAGUCCUAUAUAGUGGGCCAGUUAAGGUUGGAGCCAUCCAGCGCUGGCUAAAGGGGCAGGGCGUCUACCUAGGUAUGCCUGGUUGCCUGCCUGCAUAUGAUGCCCUUGCUGGGGAGUUCAUCAGGGCCUCUGGCAUGGAGGCCCGCCAGGCCCUCUUGAAGAGGGGGCAAGACAACCUUGCAAGUGUGAAAGAGGCUGAGAAGAAGUGGGCCGAGCAGUACCUGAAGAUCAUGGGGAAGGUCUUAGACCAAGGUGAGGACUUCCCAGCAUCAGAGAUGACCCGGAUCACCAAGCUCAUUGAGAAGAACAAGAUGAGUGAUGGGAAGAAGGAGGAGCUCCAGAAGAGCUUAAACAUCUUGACUGCUUUCCAGAAAAAGGGGGCUGAGAAGGAGGAGCUGUAAAAAGGCACUCCCGUGUUUUCCAGUUUGGUGAGGGUGGGGAGGGAGAGUUACCUGCUGGCUCUGAGACCCUCCUGGGGAAUAAGGGGUAUUAAGAGGAAUGUAAGAAAUCUGAGCAUGCCCAGACAUUUGAUGCUGAUAUGACCAUGCUUGGGACAUCUCCAGAACCAGUCCAGGUACAACUAGAACACUUAACUCAGAUGGCUUGUGAAUUUCCCCCUCAGAAGGAAUUGGUGCUAUAAAGAAUGUACUGCCCACAUCCUUGACAGGUGUAAUUCUGAUCUAAUUAAAGUUUCCAU